AUGUUCAAUCCACCGGAGAUCGACUAUCAUCGUUAUUAUCGUUCAUCACCGUCAAAAGUCAUCACUACAAGUGAUGAUGCACUACGGAUAUUAACUGAUACCGAUUCAUUGUGGAAAUUUUCUUCGUACGAUCUGUUAUUAAGUAUUAAUGCUUAUAUGCCAUUUAAUGAGACAAUGUUAAGUCCGACAAACAUUUCAUCAUCUGCUGUCAAUUCAUCGUCUUGGCAACCGGCCGAAGAUGAUGUUAGUAAUGCAUUAUUGUAUUUAAUCGUUCCCAUUUAUUCUAUCGUCUUCGUUACCGGUACUAUUGGAAAUAUUCUUGUCAUAUUAACUGUUCUAACAGUUAAACAAAUGCGAACAACAACAAACGCACUUGUUCUCCAUUUAGCUAUAGCUAAUCUAGCAUUUGUUCUAUUAUGUAUCCCACAUACUCUCUACGUUUACGUGGCUCCAUCUUAUCGGUUCCCAAAAGCUAUUUGCAAAGUGACUUAUACUAUGAUGUAUUUAAGUGCAUAUGUUAGCAUUUACAUUCUAGUACUAAUGUCUAUCGAUCGAUUUCUGGGUGUUGUACUAGCCAUAAAAUCCACACGUUUUCGAACACAGCGAAAUGCUCACAUUGCCGUAAUAAUUGUUUGGCUAUUUGGAAUUAUAUUUGCAUCGCCAAAUAUGUUUGUCUACGAUGUUAUCCCCUAUGAACAACAUGUAUUUUGUAAUACAAAGACAGAUGUACCAUUCUUAAAUUUAGUACGAAAAAUAUCGGCCUAUUGUUUUGCAUUACUUGGUCUCUUUAUCCCAUUAGCUCUUAUAGCUAUUCUUUAUGGACUAAUUAUCAAUACGUUAAGAAAAAAUGCCAAAGGUAAACAAGUACAAAAGGGUAAAAAACGUGUUACAAAAAUGGUAUCUGCUGUUAUUUCGUCGUUUGUUAUUUGUUGGUCACCAAUGCAAAUUUAUCUAUUGUAUACUCAAGUUUACUCACAAACUAUCAUAUCACUUGCCAUUAUUGCACAAACACUUGUCUACGUCUCAUCAUGUAUUAAUCCGAUAUUGUAUGCAUUUCUAUCAGAACCAUUUCGUAAAACAUUUCAACAAUUUUUAACAUGUUCAAAAAUCAAAUUGAUUACCACUGACGCUGUUAUAGCUGAUAAUCCGUCAAAACAUACCAGUAGAACAGACGGUUCAGUUAUUAAACUGCAACUUGAAUCAAAAAAUAAUACUAAUUUACUAUCGAAAAAGAGUCAUAGACGUAUUCUGAACAAAAGCGGUGAAAACGUAAAAAUUAAUUUAAACAAUAUUGAUGGUAAUACUUCAAUGACAUAUGAGGUUACGAAAUAUGAAAGAUUACCAACAAAUAGUAUAACGUGA